AGUAAUCAUCCAGAAGAGGACAGACUGGGUUAGCUGGUUCUGUAUCUAGCACACAGACUCAUGGAGUGCCCUCACCUCAGCUCCGGUGUCUGUGUGACGGUGGAUCCGACCCGGUUCCCCAACGGUUCCCCUUCCUCGUGGUGCUGCUCCGUGAAUGACACAAAACUAGGGCAUGUGCAGAGGGUCAGAGAACAUCUGCAGAGUUUGGAAAACUCUUUAUCUAAUAACGACAGACAGAGGAAGAGAAAAUGGUCAGACAGUUCUUCUCCUGACAGCAAGCGGAAGAAAGACAGCGACUGCACUGUAGCACAAUGUGCCACGGGCCUCCGCAAUUUGGGCAACACCUGCUUCAUGAACGCCAUUCUCCAGUCCCUGAGUAACAUCCAGGUGUUCAGCUGUUAUUUUAAGGAGCUGCCCUCGGUGGCCUUACGAAGCGGGAAAACCGCAGGAAGGAGAAUGUACCACACCAGAAGUCAGGGGGACAGCAGUGUGUCUCUGGUCGAGGAGUUCAGGAAAACAGUCUGUUCACUUUGGCAGGGGAGUCAGACUGCCUUCAGCACAGACGCUCUCUUUUAUGUCAUCUGGAAAAUCAUGCCGAGUUUCAGGGGUUACCAACAACAGGAUGCUCACGAGUUCCUGCGUUACCUUCUUGACCAUCUCCACCGAGAGAUGCAGGGAAGCAAGAACGGGUCACCCAGUCCCGCCCCGUCUCUGGAUCAACCCAAACACGCCUCAGAGAGCAAAUGCUGCAUAAAUGGGACCUCCACUAUCGUUACAUCUGUGUUUGGUGGCAUCCUGCAGAACGAGGUGUACUGCUUGAUAUGUGGCACGGAGACUCGAAAAUUUGAUCCAUUCCUAGAUCUCUCAUUGGACAUUCCCAGCCAAUUCAGAAUCAAGUUCACAAAAUACCAAGAGCCAGGGCCAACUUGCACUUUAAAUGAUUGCCUUCGGAGUUUUACAGACCUCGAGGAACUCGAUGAAACGGAGCUCUACAUGUGUCACAAGUGCAAAAAGCGACAAAAGUCCACCAAGAAAUUCUGGAUCCAGCAACUGCCCAAAGUGCUUUGUUUGCAUCUGAAGAGGUUCCACUGGACAGCGUUUCUGAGGAAUAAGAUCGACACUUAUGUAGAGUUUCCCAUGCGUGGCCUUGACAUGAAAAGCUUCUUGCUUGAGCCUGAAAACAGCUUGCCAGAGAGAUGCCUGUAUGAUCUUGCUGCAGUAGUGGUUCAUCAUGGAUCUAGCAUUGGCUCAGGACAUUACACAGCAUACGGGCUUCACGAGGGCCGAUGGUGCCACUUCAACGACAGCACGGUCACUCUGGUCAGUGAGGAGGCUGUGCUGAAAGCCAAGGCCUACAUUCUGUUCUACACAGAGCACAGCGAUCAAGAGAGUCCAGCCAAGCUUUAAGACAUCCUCCGGAUCAGUUAUUGGACUUUC